AUGGGCAACCUCGGGGAUUUGUCGCCGCAGGGCAGUAUCGCGGUCGGAGUGAUCGUGGGCCUCGUCUCGACCAGCCUACAAGCCAUCGGAUUGACACUCCAGCGCAAGUCCCACCUUCUCGAAGAUGAGAAACCGCCUUAUGAGGGCCGCCGACCUCCCUACAAGCGCCGGCGAUGGCAGUUGGGCAUGGGCAUGUUUGUGAUCUCCAAUAUUGUAGGAAGCACGAUCCAGAUCACCACGUUGCCACUACCAGUUCUCUCUACACUUCAAGCGUCCGGCCUAGUUUUCAACACGAUCUUUGCGACUCUUAUCCUCGGCGAGCCCUUCACCCGCUAUUCGUUUGCCGGUACCGCUCUCGUCUGCAUUGGCGCCAUAUUGAUUGCAACCUUUGGCGCCAUCGGGGAACCGGCGCAUACCUUGAAUCAGUUGUUAAAGCUUCUCAUGCGACGUCCUUUCCUCAUAUGGAUGGGCAUGACCUUGGUCGUUGUAGGACUUAUUCUUGUUGGUUCGAAAUUGUCGAGAUACUGCAUACCGGGGUCGCGGGCGAAACCUACGGCGUCGGGGAUAAUCACACCGCAUGUACAACGUGUUCAGGGCCGGGUGAAGCUCUUCCGGGGUAUGUGCUAUGGUGCUGUCAGUGGAAUUUUGUCGGCCCAUUCGCUGCUGCUGGCCAAGUCUGCAGUGGAGCUGCUGGUUCGCACCGUGGUCGACCGUGUGAACCAGUUCAACCGCUGGCAGUCGUGGGUGAUCCUACUGGGGAUGAUCGCCCUGGCUCUUACACAACUCUUCUACUUGCAUCGAGGUUUGAAGCUCUGCAGUACUAGUGUGCUAUACCCUUUUGUGUUUUGCAUCUACAACAUUAUCGCUAUUCUCGAUGGCCUGAUCUACUUCCGGCAGGCGUCUCAACUGGCCGGUUUCCAUGCCGGCCUGAUCGCAUUGGGUACGGUCAUUCUUCUUGGAGGUGUGCUGUGCCUAUCAUGGCGGCUGGAAGAUGUUGACAGCAAUGCCGCUAUCACGGUCGCCGGGCCGACGCAAACUGGCAUCGGCCCAGGCAUGGCAGUUGUUGAGGAACAUGACACUUUUUCAUCCGGGCUGCUGGAUCGUCUGGAGGACGAGGAAUCACAUAUUGGAGAACGAGAGCCUUUACUCCAUGGGACCUCUCGCCCACGACACCUUUCAUCCUACCAACGGGCCCGGGCGCCCAGUCUCCCGCUCAUACCACCUAUGGAUCGGCACGAAGCUGCAGAUCUCAACGCCGCAUCCAUUUGGGCUGAACUCGAUGAUUCGGAUUAUGACACUGCAGGUCCCAAAUGGCGCUCUUCUAUUGACCGGCCUCGAAGCUCCAGCGGCAGUGCAGCCCUGAAUAGUUCUAUACGCGGUCUCUCACGACACUCGACCAUCGGCCCGAUACCGCAUCACCGCCCGUGGGGACCUCGUCGGCCUAAUCUGUCAAUACAAGGCGGGCAACGACGCUCAUCUGCUCCAUUGGCAGGAUUAAUGGGUACAACACGCCGGUGGCGCGGUACCUGGGGCCCUGUAACUGCCUCGCCAAUAUCGCAAGGAGUCCCCGGUUACGGCACCAUACAAGAAGAUGAUGAUAUGCUUCACGGUCGAGAUGAAUCACCUACACCGCAGCCCAGAUCAACAUUCAAUCUUCUCGCAGGCUCGAGAAGGACGCUGGUGGGUGCAUGGCGAACCGGACGGCAAUAUCUCUCUCGAUGGACGAACCCGCGGGCGGGUAGUCAAGAGCACCACCCCAGUGUUGGUGCUGGUGCCCGAGACGGGGCUUCAUCUCCAUUACUCCCACGAUCCGAAGUCGGCAUUCCACAAGCUGGAGAUAUAGACGACCAUCAUCCCAAGCAAAUAGCCGGCACACCGUCAUCCCUGUAA